GUUGAGAGGAAGUGACUUUGUUCAGUGGCUUUACACACAGUCUCUUGUUGCUCUCUUUAACACGCUCUAAGCUUCAUCUCUUAAAAAAAAACCUUAAUAACUGCCUAUGAAGAGCAUAAUAACAUCUCAGAAGGUGGAACCGAUAAUGUAGCUUUAAUGUAAGUUGUCGGACAAUUUAUUUUCUUUUUACAUCAAAUUAGUUAACAGCGUCUAAAAGAAGCGGUAACAUCAAAGCGGAAGUACAAAGUAUCCGCCGCUGGUCGAACAUCUCUCUGGAUCUGCAAAACAGCUGCCUUGACCUAACCAUCAGCGUUUGUUUUUAUUCUUCCCUCAUCCUCUUCCAAUAACCCACACCAUCCCCUCGCCAUGUCUCUGGCCCUGAAGCAAGUCUUCAACAAAGACAGAACAUUCCGGCCCAAGCGCAAGUUCGAGCCUGGCACGCAGCGCUUCGAGCUGCACAAGAAGGCGCAGGCGUCGCUGAACGCAGGUCUGGACCUGAAGCUGGCCGUUCAGCUGCCGCACGGAGAGGACCUGAGCGACUGGGUGGCCGUUCACGUGGUGGACUUCUUCAACCGCAUCAACCUGAUCUACGGCACCAUCAGUGAGUCGUGCACCGAGCAGACGUGUCCCGUCAUGUCCGGAGGGCCGAAGUACGAAUACCGCUGGCAGGACGAGCACAAGUACAAGAAGCCCACGGCGCUUUCGGCCCCGAAGUACAUGAGCCUCCUGAUGGACUGGAUUGAGGUGCAGAUCAACAACGAGCAGAUUUUCCCUACCAAUGUUGGUACGCCCUUCCCUAAGAGCUUCAUGCAGGUGGCGAAGAAGAUCCUGUCGCGUCUGUUCCGCGUCUUUGUGCACGUCUACAUCCACCACUUUGACCGAGUCAGUCAGAUGGGGGCAGAAGCGCACGUCAACACCUGUUACAAACAUUUCUACUACUUUGUUACCGAAUUGAACCUCAUAGACCACAAGGAGCUGGAACCACUGAAAGAGAUGACAUCACGGAUGUGUCACUGAACCGAGGCGGUACGUUCCGGAACCAUCGGCCGAGCCUCCCCGCACGCCCGGGUCAACGAUUUAAAUAAACAAACCAAAGUUUUCAAAGACUCUAUUUUUAUACACUUUUAAAGUACUGUAAUAUUCGAUUUAGCAAGAAAUCUCCUGUUAACAUCCAGAAUUGCUCUCUUAAUGUGUAGAAACUUUUUUUUUUUUGUAGAAUGCAGUAUUAGAAAUCCUUUUCUUUUUUUUCUCUCGAUCUGAUUCUGAAUCAUUUCUGUAAUUGUUUGCUGUUAUUUUCCACUGUCUGAAGCAUACAGAUUAUAUUUGUUGGUAUUUAUGUAUGUGUCUGAGACAUUAAACAUAUUCUGCUCAA